AGUAAAACUAGGUACGGUUUUUCUUUAGUUUUUACUAUAGUACACUACAGUAUUAAUGACCUAGCCGCACCUUUUUAUAGCGUGCAAUAGAAAUAAUAUACCUAGGCGGUCAACAGCGUGUAAGAAUUAAUGAAGUUUCACAUAAUCCUUGACAGUAUUCAAAUAGUGCAUUGUUAAAGUUAAAAAUUACAUUCCUUAUACAUUUCUAGCCUUAUAUAGCCACAAGUAAAAUGUGCCGCUGCCGUGAGCAUAUUGCUAUGUAAACAAAUUAAAUCCAUUUCCUCCCCUACGUCCGAAAACAGAGUUAUUUAUACUAAUAACUGUUUACCCUAGCUAGUCCAUAGGUUUAUUUAAUUAGAGAGUUAUAAAUAAAACAUAAUUAAAAUGCAUAUUAUGCUCUUACUGACAUUAUCACAAAAAUGAAAUCUCCAUAACCUUGAUUUAGCGAGCUCUAUUUACUUAAAAUAAGUGCCAAGGUAGUCACUCGUUAAGUACCGAGACGAUAUAAAUAAUUUGAACCUUUGUUAAGGUAACACAACAAAGUUCAUCACUGAAUUGAUAAGCACUAUUUUCUUCGCCGAUUGGUGAUGACGAUGUAAAUAGACCUUACGAUACAUUUAUUUCUACCAGAAUACGGACAAAAAUGCAUAAUGUUAAAGUUCCAAAAGUAAUGCUACAACAUGGCUUGCUUACUCCGGAGGUGUUUAUUUCGUUUUAAGCACAACGGGUGUUCCGUAGGAAAUAUCGAAAUGAGUCUCCAUAUUUCUAAUGGUGGCCAUUGAAUAAAUAUAUUUCAGUAUUGUUAAAAAAUAUGAUAUAUUAAAAAAUAAUGAGUGCGAAAUAUUUUUAGCUCACAGCUUCGCUUUCUAAUAAUGAAAGUUGUUACGUGUAACAUAAGUUUUGGAUUAUUCGAUUUCAAACGUAAUCCAUACUUUAAAACUAGGAAAGCAUAUCUACUAAUAGAUAAAUGGUUUCAAACUCCACAUAGACGAGAAAAGUGUUUCUCGCAUAAAAAUAUUUACGUCAAGUAAAAGAAUGUUCUUACACUCGUUUAUUUAAAAAGUAAUGCGACGGGGGUGCGAGUGCGAGGUCAUCUGAGUGAACACCCUCCCAUAGCAAGAACGAUACGAUCUGGUAGAGGCGUAACAGCGUCGGAGGCGGGCGGCCGAACGGCCGGCGGCAGUCGCGCGGACGGCCUGAGCUCGGCUUGUCGGCUGAUCACACUUAUAAAUCGUGGCUGAAUAACUUUUAGCAUUUGAGUCGCUUUUCGCAUGUUCAUCAUUCCAAUUUAAUUGGCUGGCCACCCACCAUGGGCUGUACUAGCAGCGCUCCGAACGUCAUCGAAGCUCAUACCAAUUCUACAGAUAGAAAUAUACAUUUUUUGGAGGACGAAGGUAUUAAUAAAAGUAAUGAGAAUGAAUUGAAUAAAGAAAAUGGACUUUCUAAAUGUGAUACUGUUAAUGAUAUACAAUUAGAUAGAAAUAUUUUUUAUAUACCAAACGAUUCUACAUCCACCGAAAAUAUCGAAGGGGACCAGAACAAACAGAAGGAUAACAAUGAAACAAAUCAAAAUGAUACAAAUUACCGAGAACAAGAAAAAAUAACAACCUUAAAAGAAGUCGUCGAACACGUUCUAUCUAACAGUGUUUUGGAAAAGCAGGAAAGUGUAGAAAAGAUCUCUUCUGAAUCGAAUCUUAAUCAAGCAGAAGUUAUAGAACCCAAGACUGAGACUGACAUCCAAUUGGAAGACAGCAUAGAUGAAACGACUUCUGUAGCAGACCCAGAAGAGAUCAAGGAAGAAAUUGAAGAGUUAGCAAGUCCUAGCCAGUCGGAGGGCAGCCGCGCGACGCGCUGGGAGGCGCUGGCCGACAUGGCCGCCGAAUUGCCGCCCUCGCUCACAGUCGACCCCAUCACUGGACAAAUUUAUGCACUCAGCAAAUAACAUACCCAUCCCAUAACAGCGACAUUGUUUAUCAUAGAUGUUUAAAUAUUAAUAAUAACUUAAUUUAAAUUACAAUCAUUACAAUUCUUUUCCUUAGUAUUUUUUUUUAAAUACCUUAUCGGACUAUAAUAUGAAAUCCUAUCUAGAUACAAACUGAUGGUAACGCACCACCAAGCCGUCGAGACUGAAGUUGACGGACCAAAAACAAUAAGCAAAAAACUUACAUCUAAUUAGAUUUCAGAAUCUAACUGACCUAACGUCAACGUUUGAAACUGUAUCUUACAUUCUAGGCCUAGGUCAAGGACAAGCUGCGAGUUUUACAUACGUUCCAUAAGUUUAUAUGUUAAAGGUAAUUGUUGUAUUCACAACAAUUACCGUUACGUAAACAAAACGUAAGUAGACGCUACUAUUCCCAUUCUAGAAGCGGCAAACAAAAGGAAAAGCUUAUAUCUUCGAUUUCUGAAUUAUGAAAGCUAUUGAAAAACCUAAUUUUCUCCUAAUCCCCACAGAAUCGUACCACUGUUUUUGAAAUGGUAGCUUAGCUAAUUUUGCACCAAAGAGCCAUGAAGAGUUUUGUAGACAUUUAUACAUUCGUUUUUGAGCUAAAGUAAAACAAUUUUACUUUUUAACAUCCUGAUGUUUAUUGAUAUAUUCGAUUUAAACAUAAUCCUAUUUUAGUUUCAGCAAGGCGUCAUAAAAAUAAUAAAACAUAUAAACUGAGCCACUAAAUGCCUCUUGUGCAGAUUGUUUACUACAUAUAUGUGAGGUAUCAUUACAAAACAUAUGUACAAGCACAUAUUGUUAACUAUAUGUUUUAAAAAAGAAUGAGAUGUUUUUGUACAAAUGUUUUGUUUAAUGGAAAAUCACAGUUAACGAUAGACUUCUGAUAUGAAACAAAACUUGUAUGUUUUGCAAUAACUUAGAGAACAUCAUUUUGUCUGCCAACUUGAUUCUUAAAUAAAAGUAACAAUUGUUUUAUAUACUAAGUAUUUUUGUUCAAUUCUUAUGAAUAUCAAUAAUAUUGAUAUUCAUAAGAAUUG